UUAACCGAAAACUGAUUUUUACCCUACAAAGAGUAAAAUUACAAUGAACACCUCAGUCUAGGUUAAAAUAUAGCUGUAACAAAUUCCACAGGUCCCAGCUGUGGAACAUGGUGACUCACUAGUAAAUUAAGUGAGUGGUUAUAGCUACGUGUAUCGACGUCAGCCACGGACUAAUUGUGGGGAAAGCUGAUUUAUGUAGAUUCAGAGCAAAAUCAAAAGUUAUAGUUAAGUAGGGAAGACAAGAAAUAUGCGAUUUUACAUGUAUUUUAUCGGAUCAGUGCUAAUUUAUUGACUUUAUAUGAAAUCUGAUGUGUUUUAAAAUAUUCUAGAUAUUUUGUCUAACUACAAUGUGUCAAAUCUGUCCUUAUUGAAAAUAACUUGAAACCUGAUGUGUUUUAUCAAAUAUAGUAUUUGUAUUGCAUAUCUUGUAUAAGUAUGAAUGUUUAUUUAUGUAACAUGCAUGUCGGUCAAAUACUCGCCGACUUAAGAUAAAAAAAAAUCUUAUCUGAUCUUAUCUCAUGAACAUUAUGUAAGAAACACAUAUUCCAUUGCAUUACACAGUGGUCAUGUGAUUCAUUUGUAUGUGAUGUCUAUAAAAGUACAGUAAGAUAUGAUAGUUUACCCAUAUGCAUGUUAGUAAGGUAUUUUACUCUUGUAGUAAUUCAGUUAGGUCUGAAAGCUAUAGAAAUAAAGGAGAAAACUCAUAUUGAUGAAAUAAGAUUAUUUUUUUUGUUAGCAUACAAUUCUCUAGUGGUGGGCUGUAGAUGGUGGAUUAAUUUGGACAUUUGAAGCUUAUCGCUUUUUCUCAGAAGAAGUUAAUGCAAUAUGGCUGCAAGCUCUAUGUCAGUACACUCCCAUAAUGCUACAGUCCUCAAUGACCUUAAGAUUGGAGACAUGGUGGAGUUCCCAAGAGGCUGGUACUCCCAUUGGGGUGUCUAUUUAGGUGAAGGAAGGAUUGUGCACCUGUCUGGAGGGGACAAUGAUGGUAUCAAUGGGAACAUCAACUCUGGGAGUGUAUUUACUAUCUGUGGAAAGAAUUUCAGCAAAGCCUUCGUGACGAUUGAUGACUUCUGGGACGUUGUCCUCGAUUGUAAAGCGAUAAAAAACAAUGGAAAGGACAGGAAAUGCUCGCCUCGUCAAGCACACGAGAUGGUGCAGGUAGCCAUGGAGAAGGUCGGAGAGAUAGGCUACAAUGUUCUAUGGAAUAACUGUGAACACUUUGCGGCCUUCAUUAGAUAUGGAAAGAAGUGGUCAGAGCAGGCUGAUACUUUCUUAGCAGGUACUGUGGCAGUUGGUGCCAUAGCUGUUGGAGUGCUGUUGUUGAAAAGCCUCUUCAAAGGUCCCGAGGAUAACAAGGAAGCAAAGAAAUAGUGAUCAAAGGAAAAAAAUCAUUCAUUGAUUUAGAAUUUAAGAAAAACAAGAAUAUAACAUUUAUCAUUUACUUUAAGCUUGCCUAUUAGAAUGCAAAAAAUUCUGUGAAAAUAACAAACCAACUGACGAUUUUAUUUGAUAUUGUGAUAUCAUAAGUAAGUGACUCAGAACAUUACUUAUAAGGUUCUAUUGAGCUUUACAUUCAACCAAGAAUAUUUCGCUCAAGGCAUGUCGGGCAUAUGCCGUGAAAAUGCUCAAUAGAUGUCAACACAAAAUAUUCUUUCAACUGUGAUUCAAGAGAAUUCCAAAAUCACAUCUGUGUAAUUCCAAAUUAAAGUUGAUUACCUUACUUUUCAAAUUGUAUUUAUAUGAUGGGUUUAACACAGUAACACCAAUAAAACCUUUCAAAUUUGUCUUACAAUUUGGGGAGGUCUUG